AUGCAGUCUCGUUCUCAGUUUGCUGCGGUGACGCAUACUGUCGCGGUCCCUACGCCUCCUCCACAAGCUAUGAGCCAGCCAGGUGGCUCCUACCAUGUCCUCAACGCAUUCACCACCCCGGCUUAUGCCUAUCAUGACUGCGUCAAAACCCCCGGCAAAUCCUGCUUCUACGGUGGCGUUGCUAGCCACACCCUCCCCAUGUGCCCUACUCUCAAUCGGGCGAAUUUGUCCGCAACACAAUGCGUGCUGACUUUGACCGCACACGCUCUACCCAUCGCCGUCGCUACGACCGCAAUGACGGUGGAAGGCCUAGUGGCCAGGGUGGUUUCAGUGGCUGUGGUGGCCCAGACCGCAGGACGAAUCAUGCUGGUCGUGAUGACCGUGGCUCUGGUCGUUACGACUGUGACGACGGCAGCGCUGCUUAUGAUGCAAUCAACCGUGACCUUGGACGCGGUUGUUCUGAGUCUGCUGCCAACUACACCAUCAUACCAUCCUCCCACAACCCUGCGCCCUCCACUAGCUUCGACUCCUGCGCCUGCUUCGGCUCUGACACUGGCGCCAGUUACCGACGAACCAGCCUUGCUGCCAGCCAAGUGCCGGUCUCCCGGUGACGCUGGUGAUCUCGACUUCGCUGAAGUCCCGUCUAACGAGGUCCUUGUUACCGACCGUCUACACCUCUACCCAUCACAUUCAUUAUUCCAAAUCCCUUCGAACCCGACCAAAGUGGAUCUUCCACUGUUCCCACCCAGUGCCUUCUUGGCCGCCUGCAGCGACGUCAUUACCGCUGCAUCGGAAACACCCAUCAAGUCAGGACAGCGCACGUGGGACGUAACGCGAGAAAUCAUCCCCAGUGCCAAGGUCCCAGUUGUCGGUUAUGGCACCAUCUCGAUGCUAGAGAACAUGUCGUCCCGCGACCAAGUCGAUGAUAUUCGUCCAUGCACUUUGCGCCUCAAUUUUGGCCUACAUCGCCCCGACAUACAGUUCAGCCUGUUCUCCGUCCGCCAAGCGUCGGAUGACGACAUCACAGUCCGGCUUCCGGCUAGUGUUAUGUGUGAAACCACCACCUUCAUUGGAGACGUGCUUAAUGCACCCAACAAUGCCAUGGACCUCUACUCGUUCAUUUCCAAACCCAAGUUCGUGCCUACUCAUCCGCACCAUUGGGAGUCUCUCCACAUUUCCGACUUGACCCGUUUCCGAGCCAUGAUGGCCUAG